AUGACAUCGUUAUUAUCAGACUUGGCAUUAUUUCCAUCAUUGAGAGAGCUGAAUCUGAUGAAGCCGAAAAUCUUGGAUGUCUCUUUCAGUAGACUACAAGGUUUAUCGGAAAGUUUUGGGAAACUUUUCAACCUCGAAAUUUUUUAUGCUUCUUCUAAUUUAUUAGAAGGCACAAUCUCCGAGCCCUAUCUUUCUAACCAUUGCAACUGCAAACGUUUAGAACUGUCUUCCAACUCCUUGAAUUGGAAUAUUAGCCUUGAUUGGAUUCCGUGUUUUCAACUACAAGUUAUAAGCCUUUCAACCUGUGAUCUUGGGCCUCUUUUUCCAAAAUGGCUUCAAACUCAAAAUAACUACUCAAUUUUGGAUGUCUCUCUUGCUAGUAUCUCAGAUACAAUGCCUAGUUGGUUCUCAAAUUUGCCUCCCAUGUUAUCAUAUUUGAAUCCAUCUAAAAAGCAAAUCAGCAGAAAGAUACAAGAUUUAUCAGCCAAUAAUGUUGGUUACAUUGUCAUAGAUUUCAGUUAUAAUAAUUUCUCAAGGCCCUUACCAAGAUUCCCUCAAUUUAUUAGUGAAUUGCAAGUUAACAAAAAUCAUUUUUCUGGAUCACUUAACUCCAUAUGUAAACUUGUUUCAUCUACAAUCCUUGACUUGUCAGAAAAUCUCUUGUCCGGAGAAAUUCCUAAUUGUUGGAACUCCAUGUCUAGUCUUAGGGUCCUUAAUGUAGCCAAUAAAAAUAUAUCUGGAAGCAUUCCGUCCUCUUUAUGUUCUUCAGCAUCCUUGAGCUCUCUAUACGGGCGUAACAACAAUUUAAGUGGACAUUUUCCUGCAUCUUUGAAGAAUUGCCAAGGUCUACAAGUCUUGGAUUUUGGAAGAAAUUCAUUUAGUGGAAAAAUCCCAGAAUGGAUAGUGACUAAGCUAGCUGGUUUGGGCAUUUUGAGCCUUAGAUUCAACAAAUUCUCUGGGAGAAUUCCUCCAAGUAUAUGUCAGCUUAAAUCUAUUCAAAUACUGGACCUUUCCGGCAACCAUUUAUCUGGAAGAAUUCCAUAA